AUGGCUUAUGCUGCUCUUUCUUCACUUAUGUAUACAUUGGAACAACUCUUCAAACCUAAUCAAUCUUUCUUUUGUCGAUGCUCUACACAACAACAUCUUCAAUCUCUCUAUCAAAAUCUUUCUGCUCUGCAACUUUUCCUUGACAAUACUACCACAAAUGAUAUUGAAACUCUUAAGGUUGUAGAAAAGAGGAUCAGAAAUGUAGUAUACAAAGCAGAAGAUAAAGUUGAUUCAAGCUUAAGAAGCAUCAUUCUAGCAGAUUGCACAGAGAGUAGAGAAGGGGCUUGUAAAUUCUUCGACAAAGAAUUGGUAAAAGUGGAAAAAGAUGUUGAUUCUCUCAGGAAAGAGGUGAUGGUGGUUAAGUUUAACAAGCAUGGAAGCAAAUCUGCAGAAUUAGCAACAACUCCCUUCUCACCAGAUCAAAAAAGUACAAUUGUGGAAAAUACUGUUGUUGGGAUAAAGGAUGACUUCAACACCAUACUUGAUCGCCUCACUGCCCAAACAGAAGAGUUAACUGUUAUACCAAUUUUUGGUAUGGGUGGUAUAGGUAAGACAACUCUUGCCAAAAAAGUUUAUGAUGAUUCAUCUAUUCGUUCUCGAUUUGAUAAACAUGCAUGGGUCACUAUCUCCCAAGAAUACAAUCAGAGACAAAUGCUUCUUGAAGUUGCCUCUUCAAUUACCGGAAGCAAUCAAAAAAUGAGCGAUAAUCAACUAAUGGAGAUUGUGUAUAGAGGUCUGAAAGGUAGGAGAUUUCUAAUUGUCAUAGAUGAUAUUUGGAGUACUGAGGCAUGGGACCAAAUUCAAAGAAUAUUUCCAAAUGAUGACAAUAAAAGCCGAAUUCUAUUAACCACUCGGCUCAAGUAUGUUGCUAAUUAUGUCAGCUCCCUUGAUUAUCCGCCUCAUAGUAAGUCUUUUCUUAGUCUAGAAGAUAGUUGGAAUCUAUUCACUGAAAAAUUAUUCAAAAAAGAUCACUGUCCUCCUUUUCUAGAAGAAAUAGGGAAGCAUAUUGUACAACAAUGUCGAGGAUUACCUCUCUCGGUGGUUGUCGUUGCUGGACUUCUUGGAAAAAUGGACCCAACACAUGAUAAUUGGAAGAAGGUUGAGGAAAAUCUGAACUCAUUCUUUGGUACGGUGUCCGAACGGUGCCAAUCAAUUCUGUCUCUGAGCUACAAUUACUUGCCCCAAUAUUUGAAGGCUUGUUUUCUCUAUGUUGGAGGUUUUCCAGAAGAUAGAGAGAUUAAUGUUUCCAAGUUGAUUAGGCUGUGGAUUGCUGAGCAAUUCGUAAAGGCAAGAAACAAUAAAAGGUUAGAAGUGGUGGCAGAGGAGUAUCUACAAGAGUUAAUUGAUAGAAGUCUAAUUUUGACCGGUACACAAAGAGUUAAUGAAAGGAUGAAAACUUGCAAAAUUCAUGAUCUUCUACGCCAACUAUGCCUAAGUGAAACUCAUACUGAAAAUGUUGUGCAUAUCAUGAAUGGGAAUGUUCCCAUGUUCUUAUUAGAAGCCAUAGAUGAUCAACGGCGAGUUAUCGUUCUUACAGCUCGGACCUUUAUUUCAAUGCAAUAUUUUUACUACUCCGAUUUUCCAAAAGGGAUUUGUUCCAUUGUUUCAGAGUUCAAGUUGCUUAAGGUGUUGGAUGUAUUAAAUGUUUGGUUAGAUUUCUCUAGUGUAAUACCUGAGCUUGUACAUUUGAGAUAUGUUGCUGCAAAUAUUGAGGAAGCUCUUUCACUAGACAAAUUGAGAAAUCUACAGACCAUAAUUCUUCAUAGAAAUAUCAGUGUCAACAGACCAACAGCGUUGGAGCAGCCACUAGAUAUCUGGAGAAUGUCAGAGCUAAGACAUGUGGAUAUUGAUUCGCCACUAUAUAUAUCUAAUCCUCUUGAGGCAGAAAAUCCUUUGUUUCUCAAUAACUUGCAAAAUCUUUAUCUCUAUAACUCUCCUUUUAUUGUGGAAAUCAUAAGAAGAACUCCCAAUCUAAAAGAGCUAGACAUCAUGAUAGAUAAUUCUGAUCAUCCUGACUGGCCUGGAAUUUUUGAUUCUCUAAUUCUUCUAGAGGAUCUGGAGAUACUACACAUACGUCUGGAGAGCAUAGACCUGAACAUUUUCUCUGGAGAUAUUUUGUCUUGUAAAAUCAAGAAAUUAAGUCCUAAUAUCAAGAAAUUGAUAUUAUCACGUACUUAUAUACCAUGGGAAGUUGUGAAUUUACUUGCUAAUUUACCUAAUCUUGAGGUGAUCGAAGGGGAGUACGCAUUUUCUGGAACAGAUUGGAAAGUAGAUGAAGAUGUUGUGUUUCACAAAUUAAGAUAUCUAUUAAUUGGUGAAGCAGAUCUGGAAAGGUGGGAAGUAGCAGCUGGUAGUGAUAAUUUUCCUAUGCUUGAGCGACUAAUACUUUAUGGGUUGAAAAAACUGGAGGAGAUUCCGGAGAGUAUUGGAGAUAUAAUGACACUAAAAUUAAUCCAAAUAAAACGUUGCUGCUCUUCUGUAGUAAAUAGUGCAAAGAGAAUUCAACAAGAGCAAGAGAGCUUGGGAAAUUAUGAGCUUCAACUUCGAAUUAUUCCAAAGGUAAUUUCAAUAUAG